AUGUUUAUUAAUUUAGCCUUAAUUAAUCUACCAUUUUUAUUUAUUUAUACAAUUUGUCAUCUUUUUUCAGGAGGAAAAAGAUGUCAAUUGCAAAAAGAAACUUUUAUAGCAAUUGGCAAGUAAUAAUUAAGAUAGGCAAAUAAAAGUUUAUGAACAUUGCUUGCCGUUUCCUUAAUUGGAUGUGGCCUAAGCUAGAGACAAAAUGAGCUAGAGGGGGAAGGAGAUUAGGAAGAUAAGGAGUGAUUAAAGGGAAAAAAUCAAGAAUUGAAGUGUUUGGUGCAACUAAUUUUCAAUCAAAAGAACCACAUAGCUCUAGAAGCAAUAAUUGGUUGCCCAUUUUCAUACACAUAAUCUGUACCAUUUUCCUCUCAACUUUCCUUUUCUCCAUUGCAAUCAUCAACCAUUUAACUCUGUUCUCUACAAUGUUUUGCCUUUUUCUUUUCCUUUCUUUUAUAAUUUUCUUAAAAGCAACUUUUGAAGUUGAGUAAUCCAAACCAGAUACUUUACACCAAGCUAUUUGAAUAGCUUUCAUGGCCUAGGGGCAACCCUUAUCUCGUAAGCAGCUUAGUUUCUACUUCAUGAGGUGAACAGAAAUCCCCCUACCUUCUUCUCCUUCCAUAAUUUCCUAUUAGACUUAUACUUGUGAGACUAUCAUAGUCUAAACAAUAGUUUGCUAUACAACCAUAUCCCAUAUCCCUUUGUUUAUGUAUCUUUGAACCAUAAAAAGUAUCAAAUAAGUCUGUAGACUUUUAACUUAGUGUCUAAUACACUAUUGAACUCUUAAUUUUAUUUCCAAUAGGCGUCGUUAAAUAAAGCAUCAAUAUUUAUAUAACAUAAAAUUAAAGGUAGGAAACAUAGUAAACAUGAAAUUAAAAUCUUAAGGACCAAACAGAUGUUUAAGAACUUUUAAAAUUCAAUGAUUUCUUAAACACAAUGUAUUUAGAAACUUGUUAAACACUAAGAAACUAAUAGAACUUUUAGAACUUUUAGAACUUUUCAAGGGUAAGCUCUAUCGUGAAUUAAUUUAUUAUCCACUUUUUGAAACUCCUAGUUUCUUUUGACCAGAAAAGAAAGAAAGAAUAGAAGAAAAAGAAAUAAAAAAGUAGAGGGAAUGGCUGGGGAGAUAGAGGAUGUUGAAAUGGAAGAAAAGAAUGGGCGUUUAGGUGCUGGGAAAAGGGGAAAUGGAACAAGAUUUGUCAUAAAUUUCCCCAACGACCAUCGCAAUUUCCGGGAUUUGUAUAACGUGCCUACACCCUCAGUUUCUCUCCCUCCGCCCUUCACAACAAUUCCUUUCUCUGUCUUGAUUAUUGAUGAAGUUGAGACAACUGGGUUAUAAAUUUUUUAAGAAAAAACUAAACUAAUCUUGAAUCAUAAGGGUGGAAAAGAACUACCCCUCGACUAAUUUCUCAUUUGUUCAUAAAUAUUAUAUAAAAGAAGAAACAGGAAGUGGAAUCGUUAUCUAAAGAGUCUUCAGAGUUUAAAAGUGUUAUGAAAGCUACCUCAAACACUUGUCCAAAAACACUAUUCUACAUGUGCCUUUUCAGCUUUCAAAGUUAUCUUUUACUGUCUUAAUUUUGAGAAGAAAAAGCAGCUUUAGCUCGACAAAAAGACAUAUUAAGCCCACCCGGUUAAGAGUACUCUCAAAUAUAGCUUAAAGAACCUACACUAACACAGUACAAACAUAUAAUUGAAGUAGGAACAAGGGUCCAAAAGUCGCACAACCUUCAAAUUCAAAAUGUUGAAAGAAGUUGAGGUAUAGAGAAGUGGAGAGACAUGGCAAGGCAUGAGGUGUAGCAGCAGAUAGGUGAUUUGAAGCCAUGAAUGGAAAGAUGGAGACAAGCUUGCCCACACUUCACAUGCCUUAAUUACUGUUUUAUCUUUUUAUCAAACACCUCAAGUGCACAUCCCACUAUCAUCAUCAAAUUCUUCCCUAUCUCUCCUCUCUCUCUGCCCUAAACUCACUUCUAUAAAUUUACCGCCCAACCGAACACAGAGGUCACAACCACAAGCAGAGAAAAACAGAUCACAGAGAGAGAGAGAAAUGGAGAGUCGUUCUUACGAACCUGAGAAAACCGCCAAAGACGUCUCACUGCAUGAACUCAGGGACAGGCUCGCAGAGUUCGCUCAAGUGCGAGGAUGGGAACAAUACCACAGCCCUAGAAACCUGCUCCUAGCACUUGUUGGCGAAGUCGGAGAGCUAUCGGAGAUAUUCCAGUGGAAGGGAGAGGUGGAAAGGGGGCUGCCGAACUGGAGCGCGGCGGAGAGAGAGCAUUUGGAAGAAGAGCUAUCCGAUGUGUUGCUGUAUUUGGUGCGUCUGGCGGAUGUGUGUGGGCUUGAUCUCGGCCAUGCCGCGCUCUCCAAGAUCGUAAAAAAUGCGAACAAGUAUCCUGUAGCCGCUUUCACUCGCGCGCUGCCAUGAACUUCGCGCCUUCACUUUCGUCCUUUCUCUGCUUAGUGAUUUUGGAAGUCCGGAAAGAGUUUAAAUUUUGUAUUUUCAAUAAUUUUUGCUUCUUAUUUUCUCCUUUAAUAAAUUCUAAAUGUUUGGUA